CUGCGAUGUUAACGGUGCAAUUGAUGGUUCAUUGGGAGUUGGUGGCUCGUUCACAGCAAAAGAUUAUUCCGUCAACGGAAAAGAUCAAGUCGACUGUUCAUUGGGCCCCAACACGACAUUCGUCGAUUAUGGUCUCAUUGUUGUUGGUGAAACAUCCGCAGAAAAUGUAUCCGUUGAUGGUUAUACAGCCUUGCUUGGCGGUGGCGAUACCUCUGGAGUUACUGAAGGCGCAGACGGAUGUGAGGUGAACACAAAUCUUCCAUAUGGUGGACAGCAACUGAGCAUCGCGCAAGACGCCGCUGUCACCGCCUCAACCAUUUUUGCCAAUGCCCUUCCAAAUUAUCGAAUGGAUAGCACUGGCAGUGUCACUAAGAUCCGUGACUCUACCUAUGGCCAGUUUGCACUGUUCACUUUUGAUACUUGCACUUCGGCAGAAACGUGCAAUACAGACAAUGUACCUUUCUGGUCUUCUGAUCCAAGCGGCUUCCUUUACGAUAACACUGCCACGUACGAAGGGUUCCACGGCGAAGUGCCCGGUGAAGACGUUACUGUAGUUUUCAACAUUCCGGUCACUAAGGGCACUACGCUUACCAUCCUCAACAACCUCAUCUCUUCUGGACUUCCUCAAUGCCGAACAAUUUUCAAUAUUUAUCCUGUUGAUAAUGCUGGCUAUUAUGAUUAUGAUGAUGCUAUAGAAUUUGCCCGUGAUUUUGCAGGGUCGUUGCCUGGUUUUACUUUGGCACCUCAAGCCAAUAUUAUCGAUAGCGCAAACGGCAAUUUCCUUGGUCAGCUUAUUGCCAAUAGCUACAAGUGGUCUGAAACCAGCCCUGGAGCUACUAUUAACAGCUAUGACGAAUGCCCACAAUUCCAAGGCUGUUUCCCCGUUAAAGAUUACCAGGGAAGUCGCGUCCCAACUGUUACGGUGACGCAAGCUGUCAAGACAAUCUCUGGGGCCAGUGGUCCUACUGUAUAUGUCAUGCCAUACGAGCAAGAAGAUUGGCACAAGAAAAAGAAAUGGGGUGGCCACAACGAUUGGGAUAACAAGAAGGGCGGAUACGGCGAUUGGGAUAGCAAGAAAGGCGGUUAUGGAGAUUGGCAGGAGGAUAGUGAAUGGUAGAGUUUAGAAUCAUGAUCUUCUGCAGAUCAUAAUCCUCCGAAGUAUAAUACCUAGAUACUCUUAACAUAAGUUCAAUAAAAAGAUAUUGGCUCUAUUGCUCUUUUUCUACUUCUU